AAAUCGCAUUCCUUUCAUUCUCGCGAGCUUUCCGGGCUCCGUUAACCAGAAGAAGCGCUUCCGAAAACAACAUCAAUUUUAGAAGACCUUUUGCAUAUUUUCAGCUGAAAAUGUCGAAGAUGAGAAGAUAGUACACAAUUUUUGAUCAGCUGAAUAGUCUUGAUUCUGUCCAAUAAGAGGCUAACGACAGAUACCUGUUGACUGGCAUAGUAUGACCCAGUACCCAUCACAGACCAGCCGCUCUAACUUCAAUACUGUUGUGAAAGCAGAAGCCUCCUCGACACCAACCAUCUCCAUGAACAUGGCCAACAGUACCGUCGCUCCAGGCAAAGUUGCAGGCACUCCUGGGCCUGCAGGGAGAGUGAGUCCUGAAGGUCCUCAGGUGCUCAGUAAGAAGAAGCUGCAGGAUCUUGUGCGGGAAAUUGACCCAAAUGAGCAACUUGAUGAAGAUGUGGAGGAGAUGCUUCUUCAAAUUGCAGAUGACUUUAUUGAAAGCGUGGUUACUGCUGCAUGCCAGCUCGCCCGACACAGAAAGUCAAAUACUCUUGAAGUGAAGGAUGUCCAACUACAUCUUGAACGCCAGUGGAAUAUGUGGAUUCCCGGCUUUGGUUCAGAUGAAAUCCGGCCAUACAAGAAGGCGUGCACCACAGAAGCCCACAAACAGAGAAUGGCACUGAUUCGCAAAACAACCAAAAAGUAGCAGGAUCUGAAGAAUCAACCUAAAUUUUUUGUAACUUUUUCCUGUGCGUUUUGGAAAUGAAGAUGGUUUGAACCUGUAAAUGUUAUGUUAAUCAGAUGGGCAGAAUGCACUGUACACAGUGUUUACAGUAUGAUUCGGUUGACAUUUCACAUUUUCAAAAGGUGAGCAGCAAUUUACAUCAUUUUCCUGUACAGUUCAUGUUUGUUAAAACAUCAUUUAACAUUUUGCCAUGUAUAUUUUCGGAACCCAUCUUGGUCAGGGUCCUUGAGCGCCUUGGUGCUAUAUUGCCGUGUUUGUUAUCUCACAUGCAGACCUCUAUUAAAAUUGAUUAUUUCUUAUCGUUUUACUUGCAAACCACUUUUUCAGUCAUAUUACAUCGAAGGUCGACCAGUCUUUGUCAUACUCAGCUGACAUUAGUAGCUAUGCACAAUUACCAGUUGCCAUGUGUCUUUUGUUCAUAGUGUUCAGUGUUAUAGAUCUUUUAAGUAAUGCUUAGUAGAAUCAAAGACCCUUAGUGUGUGACUUUGUAAAAGUAAUUUUUUACUAAUUAUAUGCUGGGUAUAAGGUGUAAAUCGGUUAGAGAGGAAUUAUAUAUGUGUGUGUUCAUUUAGAGGUAUUAUAAACCCUCGCUAUGGAUUUGUGGGUGGAUUUAAACAUUUUUGAGGAGUUUGAUAUAAUUAUUUUUGCUCAUGUAUCACAGUGUUUUACAGUUACCUGUUUUCUUCUCAUGAAUUAAAGACACACUGAACUCGCUUAA